CAAAAUUUUCAUUCUCUUAUAAGGCAGCUUUUCACACUCUCGCUUCAGCCAUUACUAAACUUUUUGGAGCCUUUCAAGAAAAGCCAUGGAGGGAUACAGUACUUACACAACUCCUUUAACUGCUAGAUAUGCUUCUCGUGAGAUGUCUCACUUGUUUUCUCGGGAGAAGCGUAUCAAUACAUGGAGACAACUUUGGUUGAAUCUUGCUACGGCUGAGCAACGACUUGGUUUGACGCAAAUAACUGAUGAAGCUAUUCAACAAUUGAAGGAUCAUGUUAAAAUCACAGCUCCAGAGUUCGAAACUGCAGCUCAAGAAGAAAAGCGUCAAAGACACGAUGUUAUGGCCCACAUUUACACUUAUGGUUUGGCUGCACCAGCCGCAGCCGGUAUCAUUCAUUUGGGUGCUACGAGUUGCUUUGUUACAGACAACGCCGAUUUAAUUUUCUUGCGUGAUGGUAUGGACAUUUUGAUUCCCAAAUUGGUUAAUGUCAUCCACCGCUUAAGCCAAUGGAGCAUGCGCUAUAGAGAUAUUCCUACACUUGGCUUUACCCAUUACCAACCUGCUCAACUUACAACAGUCGGUAAGCGUGCUACUCUUUGGAUUCAGGAGUUAUUGUGGGAUUUGCGCAACUUCGUUCGCGCAAGAAACGACAUUGGCUUCCGAGGAGUUAAAGGUACAACUGGUACUCAGGCUUCUUUCUUGGCUCUUUUUGACGGUGACCAUGACAAGGUUGAAGAACUCGAUGAUCUUGUUGCUAAGCUCAGUGGCUUUGACAACGUUUAUCCUGUAACUGGUCAAACUUAUGAUCGCAAGAUCGACAUUGAUGUUCUUCAACCUUUGGCUUCUUUUGCUACUACUGCUCAUAAAAUUGCUACUGACAUUCGUCUUCUCGCCAAUUUGAAGGAAGUCGAGGAGCCCUUCGAAGCUGGUCAAAUUGGUAGCUCUGCCAUGGCCUACAAGAGAAACCCUAUGCGUUGUGAGCGUAUUUGCUCCCAGGCUCGUUACAUUAUGAACUUGAUUCCUAAUGCUCUUAAUACUUUUUCUGUUCAAUGGUUCGAGCGUACUUUGGAUGAUAGCUCCAACCGUCGUUCGCUUAUCCCUGAAGCUUUCUUGUUUACUGACAGUGUAAUGAAGAUUCUUCUAAAUGUUAUUUCCGGUAUGGUUAUUUACCCCAAGGUUAUUGAAAAGCAUGUCAGAGCCGAGCUUCCCUUCAUGGCUACUGAGAAUAUCAUUAUGGCUAUGACAAAGCAUGGCGCUAGCCGUCAUGAAUGCCAUGAACAAAUUCGUGUUUUAUCUCAUCAAGCAGGCCGUGUUGUAAAGGAAGAAGGUGGUGAGAAUGACUUGAUUGAACGAAUCAAGAAUACCGCUUACUUUACACCUAUUCAUAAUGAAUUGGAUUCUUUGUUGGAUGCUUCCACGUUUGUUGGACGUGCUCCUGAACAAACUGAGUCUUUUGUUAAUAAGCAUGUCGCUGCAGCCAUCGAACCUUUCAAGCAUAUGAUAACUGAAGAAAAGGUUGACCUUGCUGUAUAAGUGAAUUUUUGAUAUUCUCUAAUUUUUCUCUCCUUUUUUUGACUACAUAGUUAUAAUUCACAUCUUAAUAUAAUUUAAUUUGAAUUUACAUAUAAAAGCCUAAAGUAAUGCAAUCUGUUCUCACAAAUGAAAGCG